UGUUACAUCAUCAUGGCAAUAAAGUGGUGAAAUUUGCUAUAGCUUUACACAGAUGUGGUUAGUAAGUGAUUUUGUCUCACUAAAAUCAUAUUAACACACAUGUUGUUUAUGUCUUGCAGUUCUACUUUUGAGACAGUGAGUAUUUUAACAUUUACAGAUUGACCCCAUUGACUUCCAUUGUAAGUGAAUCACUGGAUCCCAGAUUUUUAUUGGCUAUAGUUUCAUUGCAUAUUAUUAUUCCCCACACUCAUGGCCUUAGUUACAUCAGCAGAAAAGGAAAGUUUCUGUGGUUUUCAGAGGCAUUUUGAUCAAAGAAUAAAAAUAAAAAACAUAAAAUGAUGCACACAAUAAGACUAAAAAAUUUUAUUAAUAAAUUAAAUAAGGUCAAUUUAGGUUGUAUGUUGCCUUUAAAAUGAAAAUGGCACAUGUGUUGAGAGGAAAAAAUGUGGUUAAACAAGGUAUAUUGUUGGAAAACAUUCAAAACAAUUGAACCUUUUCUAAGCUCCGCCCCCUUGGCUCUAACAAGCUCUGCAGAACUCCCCAUUGAUAUAAAUAGGAGAUUGCCAUGAAGGAAAAAACUUUUUUUGAAAGUUUUUUGGGAAAAUAUUCUCAUAAACGGAAUGGAUGAUAUUGUUACAUGAGCUGGACAUUUUUUGUUAAAGAAAUCAUUAAAUUACACAGUAAUUGAAUUAAAAACUGUUGAAUUAAUCAGGAUCAAGGCAAAUGAUUAUCACUUGAAAAGAGAAAAACUUAAUUUAAGAGCGAUUACACAUCUAAUAACUGAACAGAGCUGUUUAUAACACAUUCACUAUGAUGCUGUGAACUAUUUACUAUCACCUUUACUAAGACUGGAAUCAAUACAUUAAUUGAUGUUAAGUUAUUAGCUUUAAUUUACCUUGGAGCAAUUAUAGGUGUCCUUGCUGAUGUUCAUUCUGGAAUGAGAGCUGACACAGUUAAAUCUUGCUCUUCUUGAGAUUUAUGUAAGCAUGUAUUACAAAUGACCCGGCAACAUAGUGUUUUACAUAUUUUGGAUCAUUUUGAUAAAAUCCUGCUGAAAACUACUCAAACACACAUUAAUCCCGUAGACUCUCAUUAUAAAAAGGCGAGUGUGUAUUCAUUGUGACUGGGUCAUUGUUGAUAUUAUCGCUUCAGGACGGCUGAUAGAGAAACCCAGACAGAAAUCAGAUGCUCUCAUCCUUCAUAAGGCAAAUAGUGCAAACUCAGCAGCGUGCACACACACACACACACACACACACACACACAUCCUGUAAUUGUUCAACUUUGGCUUUCGUGAUUGAUUGGCUCUAGUGUAUCUGAUUCCCCUCAUUAGCUGGUUUUAUUACCCUGUUGGUCAUUUCACCUCCAACACACACACGUAAACACACAGCCCCACUUUAAGAAAUGCUUUGCUGCUUUUAUUACCAUCAGGAAUUGAUAUGCUUCUCCCUCCAUCCCACAUCCCAUUUACCCAGAAACACUACUCUUUCACUGACUGACACUUCUCAUUGUCUGGGUUGAUUGAUUGUCUCAAUUUGCUGGUUCAUUCCUCCUUGAUAUUAUAUAAUUUAAAGGAAUAUUAUGGGUUCAACACAAGUUAAGCCCAAUCGACAUCAUUUGUGGUAUAAUGCUGAUUACCAAAAACAUUAUUUCAACUCAUUCCUGCUUUUCAUAACAAAUAAAUAAAAAUAAGACCAAAAAAAAAAGGAAAAAUCUGGUUUCAAGUGAGGCACUUACAAUGGAAGUCAAUGGGACAAUCUGUAAAUGUUAAAAUACUCACUGAUGCAAAAGAAUAAAUACAAGACAUCACUUACUAACCUUUUCUGUGUAAAGAUAUUGCCAUGACGACAUAACAUCAUAAACACGUAAACCCUGAAUUGACUGUAAAAACUAGAUCAAAUAAUACAUGAUUUUAAACAGAAGAAUUAAUGUACGUGCUUUUAUAAAAUUAUAAGCUUCACAUUUCUCUUUAAACCCUCCAAAAAUUGACUCCAUUCACUUCCAUUAGAUGUCAGAAUAUGCAGAAUAUGCAUGAGCUUAAUAAUAAUCUGACUCUGAUGUGGGACCUUUUGUUCAUCUCUUAUGUCGUUGUUGAAUUGUACAAAUAUACUUUAACCAGAAUCCCCUAUUGUCAAGUCAUUUUAUUUGUAUAGCGCCUUUCACAACACACACCAUUUCCAAGCAGCUUUACAGAAGAUCAGCAUUAACACAAGAUAAAACUGUAAUGUGUAUAAUGUCGAUGAGUCAUCAUUGUGUAGUUUGAAAUGAUAUGAUUGUAAAUUGUGUUUAAAAAUAAGUAAUUAAAUAAUAAUUGUAUUUAUAACCCCAGAGAGCAAGCUGAAGGUGACUGUGGCAGGAACACAAAACUCCAUAAGAUGUUGGUUAAUGGAGAAAAAUAACCUUGGGAGAAACCAGACUCACUGUGGGGGCCAGUUCCACUCUGACUAACAUCAUGAAUAUAAUGUGGAGAAUCGGCCCAAAUACUACGGACGAGAGUGAGUUCAUAACCAGCUUCAAAAUCCAAUGCUGUAUCAUGGGAUGAUCUCCAGAGAGGAAGCAGAUCAACUGCUCAGUGUGGCUGAAGGGAGUUAUCUCAUCAGAGAGAGCCAGAGACAACCGGGCACAUAUACCUUAGCUUUACGCUUUGGGAAUCAAACCCGAAACUUCAGACUCUUUUACGAUGGAAAGCACUUUGUGGGGGAGAAGCGCUUUGAGUCGAUCCACGACCUGGUGACGGAUGGUCUCAUCACGCUGUACAUCGAGACCAAAGCAGCAGAGUAUAUAUCGAAGAUGACCAUCAACCCCAUCUACGAGCAUGUGGGCUACACCACCCUGAACCGAGAGCCAGCGCUGAAGAAAGCCCCGCCCGUCUGCAGAGGUGCACCCGAUGGCAAGGACGCACCCGGAGAAGAGACGGGCCUGGAGGAGAGGCUCACGUCGCUGGUCCGCCGAGCCACACUGAAGGAGAGUGAACGCGCACCCAAGUACGAGAAAGUCCACAACUUCAAGGUGCACACCUUCAGAGGGCCACACUGGUGUGAGUACUGUGCCAACUUCAUGUGGGGACUCAUCGCUCAAGGAGUCAAAUGUGCAGAUUGUGGCUUGAACGUUCAUAAGCAGUGCUCCAAGAUGGUGCCAAAUGACUGUAAACCAGACCUGAAACACGUGAAGAAGGUUUACAGCUGUGACCUCACUACUCUCGUCAAAGCUCAUAACACAAAACGACCCAUGGUGGUGGACAUGUGCAUUCGUGAGAUCGAAUCACGAGGUCUGAAGUCAGAGGGUCUCUAUCGGAUCUCUGGAUUCAGUGAUUUAAUUGAAGAUGUGAAGUUGGCAUUUGACAGAGAUGGAGAGAAAGCUGAUAUCUCACUGAACGUGUAUGAAGACAUCAACAUCAUCACAGGUGCUCUUAAACUGUACUUCAGGGACCUGCCCAUCCCUGUCAUCACGUAUGAAGCUUAUCCACGCUUCAUCGAGGCUGCCAAGCGGACAGAUCCAGAUGAGCGUUUGGAAGCGCUGCAUGAAGCUCUAAUGCUGCUUCCUCCAGCUCACUGUGAAACACUACGAUAUCUAAUGGCACAUUUAAAAAGGGUAACUCAGAAUGAGAAAGAUAACCUGAUGAACGCUGAGAAUCUGGGGAUCGUAUUCGGGCCAACCUUGAUGCGAUCGCCUGAUCUGGACGCCAUGACGGCUCUGAACGACAUCCGCUAUCAGAGGCAGGUGGUGGAGUUGCUCAUCAAGAAUGAAGACAUCCUCUUUUAGUCAGGAAUGAUGCAAGAGACUCAGAGCUGUGUUCUUCUACUUUGACUCGGUCUGGACAUGAAUAUGAAAGGCUCUUUUAUUAUUGUACUUUUUUUUUUGGAUCAGUACCUACUGACAUGUACCCGUCUCUUCCCUGUCUGGACUAUCUUCCUGUAUUUUGCAUGUAUUUCUCCCCAUUUUUGUCGGGGGUCGUUGAAGCUGAAUUUUGGAGCUCAGUGUGAGCGUGGUAUACUUCAGCAUUAUAAUGGGAUUGUUCUGACUUCUGCUGUGUGUGGCCAAAAGUGCUGGAGUCCGGCAGAUCGUACUUCUGUUGUUCCUUUCGCACAACAAACAGGGGUUUUUGUUUUGUAUUUGUGAAACAAAUGUGAAUAUGGAUAUAAUAAAGUGAUUUUUGGAGGCACUUUAUCUGAGGAGCCAUAAAUAUGGUGGGUGAUCCAUUGUGCAGACAUAAUCUCUUGAUAUGUUAUACAUAAACUCUUUUUUUCAGACAGUCCCUGGUAAUCAUUCAUAAUGCUCAUUCACUUAAUCUGUCAAUCAUGCUGAGGUCGUGUACUUGCAUUUGAGAGGUUUGUAUAUGCUUUGAAUGCUCUGCAGGUAAAAUGCAUCACCAGUGAUUUUUAAAACUCAGUUUUCUGUUUAUAUUUAGUUUUUGUGUUUUUUAAUCUGACUCUGCUCUGCCUUUACACGCCAGACCUCUUCAUGAAAGUCGGAAGAAUUAUUAUUUAUACUGUAGAGAGAUUUACAGUCCGUGUAUAUUUCAGAAUUCAUGAUCGUAGAUUUGCCUUUAUAAAACCCAUUUGCACUCUCAACAAGUUGAUGUUAUUUCGUUCUAUGUUUUUGUAUUUGUUUUGAGCAUGAAUACAUUAAUUUAAUAAAAUGUACUUUUA